GUAGUUAGUAGUUCUUUCGCAGUCUGUGUGAUCACAUCAACAAUCUCCUUCAUAAUUCAGUCACUCUGUCCGUGGUUCAUACUCUGUUUUUAUUUUUUUACUUUCGACUUUACUUAUAUUUACUUAACUCAAUUUACAUGAGCCCGGUCAUUUUUCACGUGGUGACGACUUGUAUACCCUUUUUUGUUAAUAAGUGUUCAAGUUAAUACCCUUGUGAGUGGAGUGACAAUACAUUAGGAAAAUGAUUGCUUUCAGCGGAAAAGUGAUAUUUUAAAUAAACGGAGGAGUGUCUAUGUCGGUCAACAGAGGGUGAACAGCUUCUAUUCGGUUUUGCCCUUACACUCGCCAGUAAGAAGGGUUCGAAAAAGGCUCUUUUUUUCACCACAUGUUUUUCUGGCCUUUCAUCUCUGGAGAACGUAAAACAAGUGGGUUGUCAUGGCCAGCGGCUACUCAUCCCAAUUAUUUGAACUUAAAUAAUAAUAGCAGUAAUAUUAACAAUAACAAAAAGGAGGAAUACGGAGAAAAGACAGUAACGUCCAGGUCGGAGCCUUGCGGCGAUAAUAUGAUAUUGAGAAGAUCGUCGUCAUCGGGACAAGAAACGCCGGCUAAGAAGAAACCAGUGGGACAUCGAUCCUCCUAUUGGCAACGCAAUAGCAAAGGCUUACUCUGCGCACUCGGACAAUUUGGUUGCGGUAAUUCUCACUACAGUCCGGAUACUAUUGGAACUUGGAAAUAUCAUCGUGUUACACGCACUAGCCAUGAGGGAAUGAGCGCUGGAGGUGAUGGAGCUGGAGGCAUCCAGAGUGGAAGUGGUGGAAGAAACACUCCACCACAUGGCUCACCUACGCCUAUGGAUAAAGCCACCUUGAAAGUUCAUCUACCAAAUGGUGGUUUUAAUGUCGUUAAAUUUGGAGACGCAAUCGACGUAAAAGGGAUAAUAUCCCUAGUAACGAGUCGUUUGGCCGUAGGUAAUAGACAUUACAAAAGUUUAUACGCAAUGAGGCUUCAUCAUCCGGGCUCUGGCGAGAGUUAUUGGCUGCAUCAAGACACCACCAUGUAUCAAGUCCAGGAGAAAUACGAACGUAAACAUCCACAUUCCGAGUGGAGGUAUGAGCUACGCGUGCGUUAUUUACCGCAAAAUCUAAACGACUUGUAUGAAAAAGAUAAAGUUACAUUCUACUACUACUACGAUCAGGUGAGAAAUGAUUAUCUCAAUGCAAAUCAUUCGACACUGGAUCAAGAUGUUGCCGUCCAGCUGUGUUGCCUAGAGAUACGUUAUUUCUUUAAAGACAUGCCGCAAGUAGCACUUGACAAGAAGAGCAACCUGGAGUACCUGGAACGAGAAGUUGGAUUGCACAAAUUCCUUCCACGCUCGGUGUUAAACGGUGUGAAACCAAAAACAUUGCGAAAGCUCAUUCAGCAACACUUUAAGAAGGUCGCUGCUCUCACUGAGCUCGAGUGUAUGUUUAAAUUCUUUGAUCUUCUACGCUCGCACUACAGAUUUGAUCAGGAGAGAUUCAUUUGUGCAUUGGGGUCGAGCUGGUCGAUACCCGUUGAACUAGUUAUCGGUCCGGAUCUCGGGAUUUCUUAUAUGGCACAUCGAGGCGGAACAGUGCCGACAAGAAUGGCAGAGUUUUCCCAAAUCCAAUCGAUCCAGACAUUGGUAUCAGAUUGCAAAGAGCAUGCCAAGGCUUGCAUAAAGCUACGUGUCGCCGGAGCAUCUGAAACGCUGAGCAUAACAUGUUCGAGUUUAGAUCAAGCGGAAAGCCUUGCGGAUUUGAUUGACGGUUAUUGUCGAGUUGCUACGGGAUCCAAUACCUCGCUAUGGAAUAGAAAAGCUGCUUCUUGGAAAAAUUAUCCUUGUCCUUGCAAAGACGCUCAUCCGCCAAAGUACCGGCACGAAGGUAAUGGAAGUCCCGAAAAAAAUCACGGUAAAACGGGGACUAUUUUGUCUGAAGAUUAUGCGGAAAUUGUUGAUGAAGAAGGGGAUUAUUCGACACCUGCUGCUCGUGACUAUGAAAUCGUAAGGAAUCAAGUGGAGCUCGGUGAAAUAAUAGGUGAAGGCCAGUUCGGUAACGUUCAUAAAGGUUCCUAUAAAGGUAGAGAUGGUCACACGGUCGCAGUCGCGGUUAAAACCUGUAAAGUCGACGCGGAUCUCGCGACUGCUGAGAAAUUUUUAGAGGAAGCUUAUAUAAUGCAGCAGUUCGAGCAUCCGUACAUUAUAAGGCUGAUUGGUGUUUGCUCAGAGGCGCCGAUCUGGCUGGUGAUGGAGUUAGCGAGGCUCGGUGAAAUGCGAGCGUACUUGCAAAAUAACAAGCACCGGCUGGAUCUCGCGACACUUUUACUUUACACCUUUCAAUUGAGCACAGCGCUUUCCUAUCUCGAGAGCAAAAAAUUCGUCCACCGAGAUAUUGCAGCCCGAAAUGUUCUGGUCUCCUCGCAUUCUUGCGUUAAACUUGCUGAUUUUGGGCUCAGUCGGUGGGUUGAGGAUCAGAGCUACUACAUUGCUAGUAAAUGUAAAUUGCCGAUCAAAUGGAUGGCGCCUGAGAGCAUUAAUUUCCGACGUUUCACCACCUCCUCUGAUGUAUGGAUGUUUGGUGUUUGCAUGUGGGAAAUAUUGAUGUUGGGAGUAAAACCAUUUCAAGGCGUAAAAAAUAAUGAAGUGAUUCGUAAGCUUGAGAAUGGUGAGCGCCUUGCACUUCCUGAUCGCUGUCCUCCGCGGUUAUAUUCACUGAUGUCACAAUGCUGGAGUUAUGAACCGAGUAAACGGCCGACUUUCAAGGACAUUAGAGAAAACUUACAUGAAAUUUUAUUGGAAGAACGACAUCAGCAGCAAGAAACGAUGAAACGUGAAAACCGGCGAGUUCAAGCAAUGUCAUGGGGAGCAGAUGAAGUGCCACCACCAAAGCCGUCCCGACAGCCGCAAUCGUCAGAGCAAGUGCCAACAACGGUAGCGCCGGUGUCAACGUACAUCGUCGCCCAGAGCCCGGAGGUGCUGGCCCAGCUGCUGAAGGACAAUCAAGCUCGGGGGGUAUGUCCCUCUGUGUACACGACGCCUGCCUCUGCCUUCAAUACGCUUGCGGUUCAAUUUCAAGACGAUCAGCAAGUUCUCACUACCGCUACUGUCACAGACUUGCCUUUCUUCGAUCCCCCGAACCCCCUCUCCUCGGACUCUGCCCCAAGUAACAUUAGUUACAGCAAUGAAUGUCCCCCUACUUCGUCUAUCGCAACUACUCACAAUGACUCUAAUAAUUCUGAUGCUAAUUUAGAUUCUCUAGACUCUACUGAUACCAUGUCAUCUAUUAUAUCUAAUCUCAGCGUGACAGACUCUAUUCAAACACAAUCUCCCGCUGUAAAUCGUAAACAAUCACUCGUACAAAUCCAAUCCCAAGUACAACAGCCCCAACAACAACAACAACAACAACAACAACAACAACAAGCGCAACGUAAGAUUAAAGAGAUGCAAAAUUUGUACGCGGUUAGCUCUAAAGUUGUUGCCGGUACCGCAAUAACCGGCGAUUUGUACUCGCCAGUCCAAAAGUUUAACGUUUCUGCGGCGAUACCAGUGCCCACGGUGACCACCGUCGGCGAAAUUUACGCCCCGGUGACCAAUUUCACCCAAAGCUCCGCGAUAAUCGGUAAUUUUAGCCAAACAUCGAGUAUCAGUAGCAGUUACAGUGACAAUAACACAGACAUACUCAACAAUUCCGGGCCCAAUAGCUUGUCAAGUGUCUCGAGUCACCACCAAGUAUCGCCCAGUAUUAUGUCCUCGUCUAUUUCUCAGCAUGCAGCGCAAAAUUCACCUGUCAAUUUUCCCAGUCAGUUUGUUAAGUGUUCAGCAGCUGCCGCGCUGUGCUCUCAAAACGCGGUCGUGGUAUCUAUGGCGAUGCAAGGUGCUUGUCAAAGCUCACCUGCGAUCUCCUCCUUGUCAUCAAACUUUAUUAUUAAUAACAACAAAAAUAAUGUUAUCGCUGGUGGUAGUAGUGUUGGUGCUGGUGUUGGUGGUAUUGGUGGUGGUAGUGUUGGUGCUGGUGGCGGACAAAUUGUCAACUCGUCUUUACCCGUAUCGGAAUGCCUCUACGGGCCUGUUUUGAAAUUCCGCGCGCAAGCCCAAAGUUGCGCAGAGACAAAAACCGCGGCAUCUGUCGCUGCUUUACCUUACGCGCAAAAUUCAACCGCGCGUGUCUACAGCCCGACACCUUGUGUCGCCCAGAAUUAUCAACAGCAAUUGCAUCACCAUGUCCCGGUUCCGAGUUAUCAACAGCAACAUCAGCAGCAGCAGCAGUUUUCUGUUAAUUAUGGGCAAAACAAUCAGCUUCAAGGAGUCCAGUAUGUCGGCAAUGUUAAUCAACAGCAGCAGCAGCAACCUGGAAUUAUGCAUGCUCAAAUAAACGGCGUACCCCCUAUUUACACUGUCCACGCUACACCUGCGAUUGCUGGCGGACAGCAGCCUUUCGAUCACCAGCAGAUUAUUAUUCAGAAUCCUAAUUACAGCCAGAGUGUAGCUAAUCAGCAACAGUACUCAGCUAUUGUUCACGGAUCUCAUCCGCAAUUUGCAGUAUCGAUGCAGCCGCAGUAUUCAUCAUCGCCUAUUAAGCAUGCGCCUAUUAGCAACGCUGCUACGGAUUACAUGGUAGCCCAAAAUUUAACGCAAGCGACGAUAAAUAAUCCCGCUGUAAUGGCGCGGUCAAAUGCAGGCCCCCAAGUGGCUACCGGGCUCGCUAAAAUAACGACAUUCGUUAACCCAAACCAAGAAGAACAGCUGGUCAGCUCUAUUGACGGGACACUGUCCAGCUCAUUGAUUUCUUCGGCUGUCAGCGACAGCACCAUGUCAUCCAGCGGGUCAAUUUUGGAAGACGCCCAGCAAGAUCAGAGAAAUGCUCAGUCACAAUUAUUCGAUAGUAUAACGGAUAAUAUUCACAACAGUAUUGAUGAAGAACAGAAAUUGUUGGAACAGCGGCUUUUUGAGCAGCAAAGACAAUCAGAGGAAGACAGCAGAUGGCUUGCAAGAGAAGAAAAGCGUUUGUCUAUUGCUACAAGCGGUGAUGAAAGCGCUAGCCCACCUAUCCCACGUUCAAUGACUCAAUCUCCUAGUCAUGAUCAUAGUGCUAAUACCAGUUCGUUUGGUUCCGACAAAAGUAGUGAUAAAAUUAUUAUUGUUAAGAAAAUGGAGCCAACUCCUACAGCCGACUUGGACAGAUCGAAUGAUAAAGUUUACGACUGCACCACGAAUGUCGUACGUGCUGUGAUGUCAUUAUCACAAGGCGUUCAACAAAGUAAAGCCGAUCAGUAUUUAGAAUUAGUGAGACGAGUUGGAGUUGAACUGAGAGCGCUACUUUCAUCGGUAGAUGCUCUUGUAGACGUGCUACCCGCCACUGCACAUCGUCAAGUUGAAAUGGCUCACAAAGUUUUGAGCAAAGACAUGGCUGAUCUCGUUACUGCUAUGAAAUUAGCGCAAAAUUAUAGUUCUACAACUCUAGACGCUGAAUAUCGAAAAGGAAUGCUAUCAGCAGCUCAUAUAUUAGCGAUGGACGCAAAAAACCUUCUCGACGUGAUAGACUCAAUCCGGAUCCGUUAUCCAUACGUAGAUAAUCAGAUCUGUGAGCGACAGCAGGAGACGAUAAGUAACUCACGUCAAUCGACGCCAGAGCAUCAGCAUCUGAAUAAUCAGCAUCAGAAUCGAAUAAUACGUUCAAGCCAGUCAGGCGAGCAGUUACUACUGAGACGUAGUCAAUCAACAGAAAGAUCCGACACACCGUCAUUCCGUCAGAGUCAAAGUGGUGAUGUGUUGCACCGGCUUGGGCAAUCGGUUGACCGUUCACUGCCUGGAACACCAUCCGCAACAGGAGUUAAUGACAUUACCACAAACCCGAUGUCUAGUCUCGAAAGACGGCACCGUAUGGUGACUAAUAGCCUCGAGAGAAAUUCAACAGCAGCCAGGAAACAAAUUACGACAAAUAGUUUAGAGCGUAAACGACCUUCGAUGCCGACAAUGUCCGCGUCCAUCUGCACCGGGUCCUCCUCACCGCACAAUUCCGUAAGUUUGCCACCCAUUCCCGUACCAGUUCCUGUCUCUUGCAAUGUUGUCCAAACUACUGCGCCUAUCAUUCAUCCCAAUCAAAUGAUCACUAUGGACAUCAGUCAAUCCGCUAAGUUCACAAAUAACACCAAUGAUUUGACCGCGACUCAAGUCAACGACAGCUAACAAUUCAAAAAUUUUGUACUCCAAAAUAUUCAAUCAUAAUUUUAUUAAUUUAUAAUUCACUCGGUUUGUCCUCUCGGAAAUGAUACCAUUUAUAUAUUGCAUCCCGUGUAAAAAUCAUCUGAUAUCAGGAUGAGGUUUAUUAUGAAUAUCAUAAUGAAUUUCAUAUUUUGACACAAAUAUGAGAUUCAUAUAAAAUCCACGUCAAUAUACAUUUGAAACCCGUAAUAAGUAAAAUACUUAUGGGAAUAAACAUUUUUUUUUAAAUAAAAUAACAAUUUACAAUUUGAUGGAAAUAUUUAUUCGAUGUUUAUUUAAAUUUUCACAACGUUUCGUCGGUUUCCCGACUUCCUCGGGUGCUAGAACAAUUAAAUACAAAAUACUUUACAAUAAUAUUCUUAUAAUUACAUUACAAAAUAUUAUCAUAACUUUGUAUAACUUGGACAGUAUAAACUCAACUCAAAAAUUAAAUUUAUGACUAAGUUUAAGAAUACAACAAAACGCAUACCUCAAUUAUUAAACAUCAAUUAUUAAAAUCGUGUUAAAUAAAUCAAGGCAGGCUAACAACCUGCCUUGAGUCGGGAAACCGACGAAACGUUGUGAAAAUUUAAAUGAACAUCGAAUAAAUAUUUCCAUCAAACUGUGAAUUGUUAUUUUAUUGAUUAAUUAUCGAUAUGAACAACAAGA